GGGGUGUGCUCGGGAAGCCAGCUGGGUACUACUGGCUAAAUAACUCCCAGGGCCGCCGCCGCUUAACGGCGUCCUGGCCCGCAACACCAAGCUUCUUAUUAAUCUCCUGACGCGGGCAGCUUCAACAGUUGCCGUCCUGAGCCCCCCGUCCCCUUCGGACCUAAAGUGUAGUAGUCGACGUUCAGGUUCAACAACCCCUGAUUCCCUCGUCAUCACCUUUCCGCCCCGGCCCCCCCUCUCCGCCGCCCGGCCAGGCAGCCACGGCCACCAUCAACACCAGCACACCUCCACCAACAUGGGAAUCCUCAAGAGCAGGGGCAGCGAUGUCCCGGAGACGAAGACCCUCGUCGGGACCGCGGUGGCCUUCCUCGCCGCGCACUGGGCGGUCGCCCUCUUCUCUGCCCUCUUUUUGAGGGCAUUGUACAGGCGCUACGCGUCGCCGCUGCGCAAAUACCCGGGGCCCUUCCUCGCCUCCUUCACGCGGCUCUGGAAAGUCAAGUCGACGGCGUCCGGGCGCACGCACCUGGACCACAUCGAGCUGCACCGCAAGUACGGGCCGGUGGUGCGCAUCGCGCCGAACGAGGUGUCGGUGUCGUCGCCGGAGGCCGCGCGCACACUGCUGAGCGCGGGCAAGCGCUUCUUCAAGACGCCCUUCUACGGCGUCUUCCCGCCGCCCGAGAACCCGGACAUCUUCACCGAGACGCGCGAGGACGUGCACGCGAUCAAGAAGCGCGUCGCCAACGUGCCCUACAGCAUGGCCGCCAUGCAGCAGCUGAGCCCCUUCAUCGACGACACGAUCGAGUUGCUGAUCAAGAAGAUCGACGAGCACAUCGCCGCCCGCCGCGGCGUCUUCGACCUGGGCGACUACCUGCACUACUUCGCCUUCGACGUGCUCGGCGAGGUCGCCUUCAGCCGCAGCUUCGGCUUCCUCGCCGAGGGCCGCGACGUGGACAACGCCAUCAAGACCAUCGACAAGUCGCAGGUGUACAACGGCAUCGUCGGCCAGGUGCCCGAGCUCGACCACCUGCUGCGCAGGAACCCGCUGUGGCAGUUCGUGCCCUGGCUGAGCACCAAGAACGCGCUCAUCACCCGCAUGGCGCUCGAGGAGAUGGCCCGCCGCCAGCCGUUCGAUAAGGAGAACGGCGGGCUGCUGCGCAGCGGCGACGGCCGGCAGGAUCUGAUGGCCAGCUUGAUCCAGGGGCAUUUGAAGGACCCGGAGAAGUUCGGGGAGGGCGACGUGUUUGCCGUGGCUCACGGCGCCAUCUUCGCCGGCUCCGACUCGACGGCCUCGACGAUGCAGUCCUUCUUCUGGCACGUGCUGGACUGCCCGCGGGCGUACCAGGGCAUCGUGCGGGAGCUGCAGGAGGCCGUGCGCGCGGGCACCAUCCCCGCCGAGGGCAACCUGACGUGGAACCAGGCGCAGAACCUGCCGUACCUGCAGGCCUGCCUCAAGGAGGCCAUGCGCGUGCGCCCGGCCGUCGGCCUCAACAUCACCCGCCUCGUCCCGCCCGAGGGCGCCGAGCUGGACGGCCACUUCUUCCCCGGCGGCACCGCCAUCGCCUGCAACGGCUGGGUGCUGCACCGCGACAAGGAGAUCUUUGGCCAGGACGCCGACGACUUCCGCCCCGAGCGCUGGCUGGAGGACGAGGAGCGCGCGAAGCGCAUGGAGCGCUACAUGUUCCAGUUCGGCGGCGGCAGCCACCUGUGCAUCGGGCGCAACCUGGCGCUGCUCGAGAUCAACAAGGUCGUGCCCCGGUUGCUGCGCGACUACCGCUUCGAGCUCGCGCACCCGGGUCGCCCGCUCAAGGCCAACGCGUCCUUCUUCGUCGUUCAGUCUGGGUUGGAGGUGAACAUCAGGAAGGCGUAGGCACCAAUGCAUGUUGAAGGACGGAAGCGUUGAUGGUUGACAUCCCUUGCUGGGGUGGCACAUGCGGGAAGACGGAGAGGGUAUUGGCAAAGAAAUGAGGAAAUGUUGUGAAACGACAUGGCACGAAAUGGUCGGCGAGGAUGGCUGGGUAGGAGUUUACCGGUUUCCAUAGCCUGGCGUGCAGCAGUAGGUCGUACAUAUUCGAUUGACUUGUAUACAUGGAUCUGUUGAUCCAGCACCUUGGCAUCACCUCUUUGAUUAUUUCUCCCUUUUAGCCAACCCCGUUUCUCCUUGUUCC